AUGCCGUGUGCGACAAUCUGUGCCGUAUUCCUGCUGGCCGCCCUGAUCUCAUCCUCCCAGGCCCGCCGAGACGCCGCGGUGUGGUAUGAAGACGUCGCGAUACGCGAGGACGCGUCCGUCGGCAGCACAGUCAAACACCUGCGGGAAGCCGUUAACUCCAGCGUUUUAGAAGGGAAUGGAACAUCCUGGUCAGUGAACAUCACCAGAGGCAACGGUUUGGGACGGUUUGAGGUCGUUCCUGAGAACAUGACGCUAACCGUGGCCGCGCAGUUGGACUAUGAGUUCCACCCGCGGCACAACCUGUCCCUGGAGCUGACAGAUACUGCAGACAACAGCGUCUGGCUCGUGAACCUCGUCAUCGUGGUCGUGGACGUGCCGGGAUACCCGCCGUACUACAACAAACGGUGCGAAACACCAGUUAUUCCUGAUGAUGGGACGGAUGAGAACUAUGUACUGACAAGCACUGAAAGAAAUUACAAUGUUGUAAUAGCUGAGGCCAACGCACGACAGUAUCCGGCCGACUUUUUCCUUUAUUGGCGUGACGAGGCCAUUGAUGUUACGAUGGAAGACUGCUCCCUUCGAUUGUGUGUUGCUUUGAGCCAACCCUUGAAUGAUGGGGAAGUUUUCAGCCCGGCGUUUAAGGCGCAUCAAGGUAGAAUCGAGUUUCAAUGUAGCGACAGACAGUUGAUGAGAAGUAAGGGUAAGGUUGUAAUUUUAGACACUUUUGAAUACAACUAUCCGCUGUCCGGGUGGGCACAGGGCGGCCAGUGCGACAUGGGCAUGGCGGAAGGGCUCCAGUAUGUGGUACUUGUACAGGUUAAUGAGAUAUGGUCAACAUCGUCCUAUCGGAUACAAUGUAGCGCUGACGUAGAAUUUUACGAACCUCUGCAUGUGGAGUUCAUGUUCCAGUACGAUGUUACAGGAUGUCCCGAGGGCAGGUACGGUCUGUACUGUGACAAAGACUGUAUCUGUAAGAACGGUGCCCGUUGCCAUGGCUUUAACGGUGCCUGUGAGUGCCGCCCGGGAUGGAGAGGGAUGGUCUGUGAUAUUCCCUGGCCCGAGGUCGUCAUCGUAGAGACACCUGGCGAUUCAGUCGUGAAGUACAUCGGCACCAACCUGACUCUGACCUGCGUGGCUCCACACAUCCACGUAGCAAAUAUGACGUGGGUUUAUCAGGCAGAAAACAUUCAUAAUGACACAAGAAUCAUUGAAGAAGGGGCAGUACAAAACAGUUCCAUCAACUUCCAGCCGAUCUCAGAAACAGCCAAUGGUGAAUAUACGUGUGUGGUAAGAUCUGUAGAUGGUGAAGUGGCCAAUGUAACUUUUGUCCUCAACGCUACCAGAUGCCCGCCUGGCCAUUGGGGUGAAGUUUGUCAGCAGGUGUGCGACUGUCAGCACGGAGGGACCUGUGACAGGUGGGAGGGUUGUCUGUGUCCUCCGGGUCGUCAUGGAGACAGGUGUGAGCACAUCUGCGCACCUGGCAGUUUCGGUUUGAACUGCAGGAUGACCUGUCACUGUCAGAACAACGCCUCAUGCGAUCCAGUCAAUGGUACCUGUUUCUGUGCAGAGGGGCAGUGGGGUGAAUUUUGUGAGAAUGUCCCCAAUCCUGAAAAUGAUAACCAAGUCGUCGUUAAAGUGUUGGCUUCCGUGAUCCCUGCCAUGUCUAUAGUCGGUUGUAUCGUGAUUGUGACCCUGGCAAGACGGCGUGCCGGGCAGCAUACAAAUGACACAGCGGACGUAGAAAUGGAGACCCUGCCGUCACCAUGGGAACUGGACAAACAGGACAUUCAUUUCGAGCAUAUGAUCGGCGAGGGAGAGUUCGGCCACGUCGUGCGGGGAAGACUGUGCGUUCCCGAGGGCUACCAGGUUCUGGUGGCCGCCAAAAGUAUCCGGCCCGACCGCAUCACAGCGUCGGCUGUCCGAGACUUUCGCCGCGAGAUGGACAUCCUCGCCAGGAUCCACGAGGACAAGGAAGGUCACCCGAACGUGGUCAAGUUUUACGGGGUUCUGACCAAAUCGGAACCACAAUACAUUGUUGUGGAGUACGCGACAAAUGAAGAACUGCGGCGGUACCUGUGGAGUAUGCGAGAACAGUUUAAGGUGACAGGACAUAGGAAACUGUUAGAACGACUCGGGUUUGCUUCUGGUGUGGCCAGUGGGUUAUCGGAGCUGGCACGUCUGAAGAUCGUGUACAGGGACAUCGCAGCUCGUAACGUCGUCAUCAGCGACAGGAAGGUGGCCAAGAUCUCGGAUUUCGGGCUGUCGCGCGACGUUUACGUGUCGUCGGCGUACAAACGCACCAACCAGGGCGGGGAGGAGGAGCUGUUGCCGCUGAAGUGGAUGGCCCUGGAGUCGUUACGGGACGGGGUGUACACGUGCGAGAGUGACGUGUGGUCGUACGGCGUGCUGCUGUGGGAGAUCGCCAGCUUUGGGGAGGAACCGCGCUAUGCUGGCGGCCCGAUGCACCCGGACGUGUGCACGCUAAUAGGAGGCAGAGAUGUGAGCUAG